GCCAAGAUUCUCUCACAGCGUCACAAAACAUGGCGGAGAGGGACGCAGAAAUCGGGUUCAAAAAGGACACGGUAAGCAAACUCCUGUCGAGUUUCUUCAAGGAGGACAAAACCAGACUAGGUGGAGACGCUGUGCUGCUCAUGACAGAGAUGCUCAAAGUAUUUGUCCAAGAGGCCGCAGUAAGAUCACAGAAACAAGCCGAAUCUGAGGACUGUGACCAAGUAGACAUCGAGCACUUUGAAAAGAUCCUACCUCAGCUGCUGCUGGACUUCUAGCCCAGUGAUGCCACAAGAUGGAGCCAGAGUGUUUCCCACAUCCUCCUCCUUCAAUCAGACAAUUUCAGUUCCUGCACCUACAACUUUAGUUUUACUGAUGUUUAUAUUUUCUGUAUAACUGCAAUUUCAUAAUCACUUAAAUCUGAGAUUAAAUUAAGAUCCUCGUUCUGUAUU